AUGGCGCGCUCGGUCUCCUUUCCACACCUCGACAGGGUCACGCCACCACUUGAGGAAAUCAAUCACAUCUGGGCUCAUCUACAUCAGGUCAACCGCAACUACAUCAGUACCUUUGUUGGGGAUAUACCAAUGCUAGCUAUGUGCCGAGUGGAUUGGAACUUCUUGGGAGCAGCGGUGACAUUUUGGGACCCAGUCCACGCCGUUUUCAACAUCCAAGAGAAUGAUGAUUUCACAGAUUCCCCUCCAGUAGAAAGUAGCGCAUCAUCCGGGGCACCGGUACCGGACAUGACCAUCCAAGCCGAGCUCGCCAAUCUCAGGGCUGAAAGAGAUCGCCUCCGGCGAGAGAUCGCCGAGAAGAAUGAGCAGCUGAGCGAUCGGCACCAACUACAGAAGGAACUUGCACAGACCCGCGCCCAACUCCAGAAGCGUGACCAGGAGUUGGCGCAAGCGAACGCUGCCUUGGAAAGGGUCAAGAAGAGGGCCUGUGUAGGAGGGCAGCCAUCUUCCGCAGCUGAUGAUCGUGCACGUAUUGCAGUACUUGAGAGCAUGGAACAAAGAUUGAAGAAGUUGGAAGAGAAUAUUCGAGCCCUACAAUCAGGCGGCUCCCGCCUCGAUGCCGGCGACGGCGAUUGGAGUCUCUUCCCAGGUAUGCAGCUACCUCCAAAGAUUAAGGUGCCUGAAUUCCAGAGUUUGGCAGGAGCGGCUCUGGAUUGGUACAUGUCACUGAAAACUGCGGAUAUCCCCACGUGGGCAGACCUCUCGAGCAAAUUCAUCGACCAAUACAGGUACCGUGCGGAGACGCCCCCGACUCUGCUGGAGCUCAGCACGAUGGAGAUGACCGGGGCUUACUACUUGCACUUGUUGGCCCACACGUCUUCAUUCUCCAACCUUAUCGACGCCGGAAAGAAGCUCGACAUCGGCAUUAAGCUCGGCAAGAUAGAAGGUCCGGCCGAGAAAAAGGAGGGAGAGUCCUCGAAGAGGGCCGCCACUGGGACAACGGGAAACAGGAGAGGGAAAGACACGUCCGUCAACGCUGUCAACUCAGGGCACCAGGCUCCCCAGCAAUAUUCCAUAAGCUACACGCCCGCACCACCGGCCACUCAAGCGUAUGCCCCACCUUCGGUGCAUUAUCAACAACAACCCCCAACACAGCAAGCUUACUAUUCCGCUCCGCCGGCUUCCUUUCCGUCGUCGGUCCCGCAGCAAUACGCCCAUAAUUAUGCCCCUGCUCCUCCUCCGAUUCAACAAAGUAAGCCCCUCGCUUCGAGAACUCCUCAGCCGGUGCAACGGGCUCCAGUUCCGCAGGAUCAACAGGGCAUCGCAACACAAACGCGGCGUAAACAGUUCACACCUCUGCCAGCUCCGCUCUCCCACAUAUACCGGCAACUCCUCGCGGGUAACAAGAUCCGAUCGAUAGCACCUAACCCUGAUUUCGAUCCAACCAUCCAAGAUCAGAGUCGGCGCUGCGAGUACCAUCAGGGCGCACCCGGUCACACCAUUGACAAUUGUUGGAAGCUACGGGAGAGGAUCCAACAGAUGAUUGAUGAUAAGCAGCUCACGUUCAACGCUGUCAAACCCCCGAACGUGCAAUCAAAUCUUCUUCCCAAUCACGGGUCAAGCUCGGGACCCAGCAUUAACAUGAUCGGUAUUUGCGCUAUAGGGGAGUACGAGACCGGACAGGAGGAACCGGCCCCGUUUGUGAUAGAAUAUGUUCCUGCAGAAACUGGUGUAGGGUACGCAGGGUUCGAUGCCACGCCCGCCCCAUUCGUGAUAGAAGUCCCCGCACGAGAGCCAUAUCAAGACAGCAAGGUCCCGUGGACCUACGAAGGAAGUGUUGGGAACCUCGAGCAUCAAUUUAGCGUCAUGAGCGUGACGCGCUCGGGUCGAGUCUAUGAAAAUCCGAAGGCCACAAACAAAGGGAAAGCCCUGGCAAUGCCCGAAGUCGCCCCGGAAGCCUCGUCCAUUCCCCAGAAGAAGGUGACUAAAGAAAAAGCUGAGGCCUUCAUGAAGAUAAUUAAGGCGAGCGAGUAUAAGGUGGUAGAGCAAAUGGCCAAGUCUCCGGCCCAUAUUUCGCUACUCGCCCUCCUCUUGGGUUCAGAGCCACAUCGUGAAGCGCUUCUGAGGGUCCUGACAGCAGCGCAGAUCCCCAAAGAGACGGCUCCGGAGAGGAUUGAGGAGACUAUCAGUUCGAUCUUCUCCAACAACAUUUCAUUCUCAGAUGAUGAACUUCCCUCAGAAGGGUGGGCACACUCGCGGGCACUACACAUUAUGAACGUGGACUUUAACCGCAUCCGUUCGAGUAAGACUGCGGUUCGAGCCUUCGACGGCUCGCGGAGGGAAGUAAAUGGAGAGAUCGACCUGGUGAUCGAGGUGGGUCCCUGCUCAUUCGCUGUUACGUUCCAAGUCCUAGACAUUCCGAAUGCUUUCAGCUUGUUGCUCGGGAGACCGUGGAUCCAUGCAGCUAGCGCCGUUCCUUCGUCCCUACACCAAAUGAUCAAAUUCAUCGCAGAAGAUCGAUUUAUCACGGUCAAGGGUGAGGAGGACUACGCCAUUUACAAGGAGACAGCUGUCCCCUACAUCACAAUUGAGUGGGACGAGGAAUGUCAGAAGGCCUUCGAUACUAUCAAGACAUAUUUGGCUCAGCCACCAGUGCUAGUUCCGCCGACACCAGAUCGUCCGCUGAUCCUUUACUUGACAGUGCAUCGGCAAUCCCUAUGA